AAGGACAAUCUGCGGCUCAUCUGUUCUCACUUUUAACCCAAACAAAAAUGAGAGUAGGUGUCGCAAUGAUGGUCAGAACGAAGAAAUAGCAUCAAACGAUGCUCAGUCAAUGACAAAUGAAAUAAUUGCAAUCGUGAGUAAUCUCUAAGCUCGGAUUAGCCGUUGGUUUAAGUUCCCACGAUGGCUGCCAGCGGGAGCACUGUCUGUGAUGAAAAAAAGAAAAUACGAAUGAUGAGUUUGACUUACCUGAGGAAUGCUUUUCAAAAGAAAUCGGAGCACUCGGGCUGCGUUGAAAUUGCGUCACUUGAGAAUGAAAAGAACUUGGAACGGAUUGAAUGUCGCAACAUUCCGAAUGACGAUUUACGUGCGGAAAGAGUAAAGUUCUCCGCUCACUCUAGGCCUAUUCAAUCUUAUCAGGACAUGGAGUACAAAGAAAUUAUUAACGACAACACGUCCGGACUGUUUAGAAGGUUAAAAAAACGGCUCCACAUUAGAGAUUUGACAUUUUGUAAAUCCAAGCAGAAGAUCAAAGCUAUCGAGCCAUCCAGUCCAUCCUAUGGUUUGAACAGCACUUUAAAUGUCACUCAAAGUCAGCUGCCAAUUAUAUUCUUUAAUGAAAAGAAGAACUCACUUUCAAAUGUCGUGCACAAUUUGACAAAUGAAGCGAAUGGUUACUUAAAUGGUACGCCAAACCAGUCUCAGAGUGAUUCGAUUGAUGGAGAAGACAGACUUCAAGAAGAACCCGAGUACAUUUCUUCUGCAAUCGGCAAUACGGCGGAACCUCAAGCCAGCUGCUCUGCAAAAUCUGGAGACGUGAGCUUAGACAUCGAAGGCAAAAAUGAGAAAAAGUUUAAUUUGACCGAAGAGUUGCUAAGGCUCAGUAAGUAUGGAUGGUACUGGGGACCAAUUUCAAGGGACGAAGCAGAUUCCAAGCUGACCAAUGAGCCAGAUGGGGCAUUUUUGGUUCGGGAUUCAUCUGCAGACAAGUAUUUACUGACACUCAGCUUCAAGUCAUCUGGAAAACUGCUUCAUACCCGAGUUGAACACAGUGGCGGCUUAUUUUCGUUGUAUUACCAUCCAGAGUGCGAACGGUUCUCAUCUGUAGUAGCUUUAAUCAAUCAUUCGAUGAGUUUUAGCCAGUCAGCUGUGUAUUGUUACUCCCGUCCGAGGUAUCCUGGUCAUCCAGCUUUUCCAGUUAGAUUAACUAAACCGGUUAGUCGAUUUACACAAGUCAGAAGCUUGCAAUACCUCUGCCGUUUUGUCAUUAGGCAAAACACUAGGGUCGACAAUAUCGAUAAGCUUCCGUUGCCUGAGACUAUUAGAGGAUAUAUCGAGGAGGCUCAUUAUUAAAUUAUAAAUAAUAAUCGCCAAAAAUGAGUCAAGAAUCCAUGUGAGGCAUUUCAUUUCUUCCCCUGGUUCUUGAUGUUUUUUAAGAUGUUUCUGUCUCAAGUCUCGGGUAUAAGAUGUGUGGAAUAGUUUACUUACUUCCCAAUUGUACAGUUGAUACAUCUGAUUCGAGAUUAUGAAGUACAUUUCUAUUUAUAAUAUUCUAAACUCUAAAACAUAGUUGGGGCGUAGUUGAAUUUCAGUCAACUUUUGCGUUGAGUUUGUUCGAUUCGCAUCUUACAAAAGUAAAUUGUAAUCACCAGAACUCGGUUUCUGUGUGAUUGAAUUAAACCUGGCAGGAUUAAAAUAUAUAACAAUGACAAAUUUUGUGUCUUCGUUUCAAACUAACGGAAAUUGCAAGAGAUGUUAACUAGUACGGUGUAUUUCAGACACGCUUAUACUCAAAAGCGUAUCAAGUUUCAUUCUAAUCAGGUUCAAAGUGGCCUCCUUGUCGCCGUUUUUGUAUGAAAUGCUCCAUAUAUUGUAUACAGAAUGAAUCCAGACGUAUGUUAUACGUAUUUUUGCACCUUCUUAUUUUUGUAAUAAACUUUUAUGAACAUCA